AUGGCGGCGGCGGCGCGCGGGGGCAGCCCCUCGCUGGCGGCGGGGGAGGAGGAGCCGCCGCUGGGACUCGACUCGCUCGUGGAGGAGGCGGCGGCCGCGGCGCCUAGCGCCGGGUUCCGGCUGACGGCGGUGCGGCGAGAACCGGCCGUGAAGCUGCAGCACGGAGUCAGCGGGCUGGAGCCGCUGGCCUGGUCCGAGGAUCACCGGGUGUCGGUGAGCACGGCCCGCAGCAUCGCCGUCCUGGAGCAGCUCAGCGACGUCCACAGCGGCGGGCAGGAGAUGGUGAUCCACCGCACGGCCGUGCCUGCUCCCUCCGUCUCCUGUCACCUCAAGGUUGGUCCAAAAAAGGAGGUGGCGGAAUGCAGGGAGAAGUUUGCCAGCUCGGUGGACCCGACGGUCAGCCAAGCUUUCAUGCUGGACAGAGUGUUCAACCCCGAGGGGAAGUCGCUGCCACCCAUGCGAGGCUUCAAAUACUCCAGCUGGUCACCGCUGGGCUGUGAUGCCAACGGGAGGUGCCUGCUGGCAGCUCUAACCAUGGACAACCGCCUGACCAUCCACGCCAACCUCAACAGGCUGCAGUGGGUGCAGCUGGUGGACCUGACGGAGCUCUACGGCGAGCGUUUGUACGAGGCCGGUUACAAACUUUCCAAGGCUGACGCUGCCAGGGGGGAGCUGGCAGACUUCCCGGAGUUCCAGCGGCGGCACAGCAUGCAGGCUCCGGUGCGCAUGGAGUGGUCUGGCAUCUGCACCACCCAGCAGGUCAAGCACAACAACGAGUGCCGGGACGUGGGCAGCGUGCUCCUGGCCGUGCUCUUUGAGAACGGCAGCAUUGGGGUUUGGCAGUUCCAGCUGCCCUUUCUGGGUAAGGAAUCCAUUACAUCUUGCAACACCAUAGAGUCCGGGAUAAGCUCUCCCAGUGUCCUGUCCUGGUGGGAGUACGAACACAACAACCGCAAGAUGAGUGGACUGAUCGUGGGCAGCGCUUUCGGGCCUGUUAAGAUCCUGCCUGUCAACCUCAAAGCAGUCAAAGGCUACUUCACCCUGAGGCAGCCUGUAGUCCUGUGGCAAGAAAUGGACCAGUUGCCAGUGCACAGCAUCAAAUGCAUUCCUCUUUACCACCCCUACCAGAAAUGCAGCUGUAGCUUGGUGGUGGCUGCACGAGGAGCUUACGUCUUUUGGUGCCUGCUGUUGAUAUCCAAAGCAGGCCUGAACGUGCACAACUCGCACGUGACAGGACUGCACUCCUUGCCCAUCGUGUCCAUGACUGCAGACAAGCAGAAUGGCACGGUCUACACCUGCUCCAGCGAUGGCAAGGUCAGGCAGCUGAUCCCCAUCUUCACAGACCUGGCUCUGAAGUUCGAGCACCAGCUGAUUAAGCUCUCGGAAGUGUUUGGCUCUGUCAGGACUCACGGGAUCGCUGUCAGCCCCUGUGGUGCCUACUUGGCAGUGGUCACCACAGAGGGCAUGACCAACGGCCUGCACCCCGUGAACAAAAACUACCAAGUUCAGUUUGUAACCCUUAAGACUUUUGAGGAGGCAGCCGCACAGCUCUUGGAAUCCUCUGUUCAGAACCUUUUCCGGCAGGUGGACUUGACGGAUCUUGUCCGCUGGAAAAUCCUGAAGGACAAGCACAUUCCUCAGUUCUUACAGGAAGCCCUGGAUAAAAAGAUUGAGAGCUGUGGUUCCACCUACUUCUGGCGCUUCAAGCUCUUCCUCCUGAGGAUUUUGUACCAGUCCAUGCAGAAAGCUCCCUCCGAGGCCGCGUGCAGACCCUCGCACGAGGACGCAAAAAUCCUGAUAUCGGACUCCCCCGGGAUGGGCAGCACUGAGGAUGACCAAGAGGAAGGAACUUCUAAACAAGGCAGCAAGCAGAGCCUGUGUGACACGGGCAAAGGUAUGGACGUAGAUGACACUGCAGAUGAGUCUCUUCCUCAGUCCAGUGACGUAGGAGGCCGCGAGCCAAUGGAAGAAAAGCUUCUUGAAAUACAGGCACACAUUGAGGCAGUAGAAAUGCACUUGACACGGGAGCACAUGAAACGGGUGUUGGGAGAAGUGUACCUGCACACAUGGAUCACAGAGAACACCAGUAUCCCCACCAGAGGAGUCUGUGACUUCUUAAUGUCCGAUGAUGGCUAUGAGGACAGAACAGCACGAGUGCUGAUUGGACACAUCUUGAAGAAAAUGAACAAGCAGACUUUCCCUGAGCACUGCAGCUUGUGCAAGGAGAUCCUGCCCUUCACCGACCGCAAGCAGGCCGUCUGCUCCAACGGACACAUCUGGCUCAGGUGCUUUCUGACCUACCAGUCCUGCCAGAGCCUGGUCUACAGGAGGUGUUUGCUUCACGACAGCAUCGCACGCCAUCCCACCCCAGAAGAUCCUGAAUGGAUCAAGAGGUUAUUGCAAGGACCUUGCACCUUCUGUGAUUCUCCUGUGUUCUAG